GGCUUGUUGUCACCGUUAUUUCUGAUGCGCAUGCGCACUGCAGCUUGUUUCCUGCUUUUUUCAAAUGAGUUACCUGCAGCUUUCUGACUCACCUUCUAUCUGCUGUGUGUGUGUGAUCAGGAUACAAUACGACCGUUUUCUCUCCCUCACACACACUCACCGUUAUUUCAGAGCGCUGGAGGUGAUAUCUGUCUUUACCUGUCCAGGUAGCACACCUGAGCGGACUCACCUGGACUCACCUGGACUCACCUGUAACACUUCUCCUUCCUUUUUCACUGGAUAGACUGAGAGAAAAGGUGUGCGAGGACUAAAAAAGGAGAUUAAAGCGGUAUAAAGAUUGCCAAACGAGGAGAAAGGGUGCAGAGAGGACUCACCUGAGAGGAACGACACCGACAUUUUUGUUUCCUGCUUUUGUAACUUUUUUUUACGUCGCGACUUCCCCGCAAAUAACCGGAUAAAUAAAGGACAGAGUGUUAAUUCAACAUGCCGAGAGCCUUUCUGGUGAAAAAGGCGAGUGUUUCUCCUGGAAAGAGGAACUGGAGCGAAGUCCAGGAUCAUGAGAGAGGAGAUGUCUACAUCCCAGCAUCCAUCUACCCUUCGGCCGUCCUGAUGAUGGUGGCCGAGGCCAGCCCCGCCGAGAUGACGCCGCUCUGCCUCACCAAACACACCCCCUCCCCCGACACGCAAACGCACGCCGAGCUUCCGUCCAGCACGAUGCUGGGCCGACCGCGGAGCUCGCCGCCCUCACCGGCGGGAAGAACCGAUAUCAGACGAAGGGCGCUGAGACACUCCACCUUCAUCCGGUCCAAAAUCAAGGUAACUACAGGCGAGUUGCCGCCCGAUCCCACUGCUCUUCCUCUUCCUCUCCCUCCUCUUCCCACACCGCCGUCCCUCACUCCAAACGCCACCGUGAUGCCAGUCGCCUUGACGACAGACCCCGACCCCAUGGAAGCGAUCUCCAUGGUGACCAGAUCGACAGGUCAAAGUCAGAGUUUGUCGACGCCGGCGUAUGCGUGCCAGAUUUGCCAGAAGACCUUCCAGUACCAGCGAAUGUUGAACAGACAUCUCAAGUGUCACCUCGACACCAAGAGACACCUGUGCACCUUCUGCGGCAAAGGCUUCAACGACACCUUUGACCUCAAGAGACACGUUCGCACGCAUACAGGAGUCCGUCCUUACAAGUGCAACCUCUGCGAAAAGGCCUUCACCCAGCGCUGCUCGCUGGAGUCCCACAUGAAGAAGAUCCACAGCGUCACCCAGAAGUACGCCUACAAAGAGCGACGCAACAAGCUGUACGUCUGCGAGGAGUGCGGCCUCACGGCGGGAACGCAGGACGAGCUGCUGAUCCACCUCCACUCGCUUCACCCCGACAGCGCCCUGCUGAAGGGGAAGGCUGGGAGGAGAGCCGGAGGAGGAGAAGGGUCGUCCCCAGGCUCUCCUCAGGGCGCUGAUAGUGACGACACUACUGGAUCAGCAGGCCAGUAGGUUAGAGACGGCAGCCUGGAAGCUCAUACGGACAUAUAAGUGAAGUGAUACGAGUCAGGUUGGGGGGAAGUAAAUGUAUGUAUAUGUGUGAAUGUACGCGUGUAUGGAUUUGGGUAUCUGUAUAUAUCACAGACUUAAAUGAAAUAAUGCACCAAACAAUGCAGUGUCUGACUAAUAUAUAUAUUUUUACAUGGGAUUGUGACGUGGAGAAGCUAAUUAACAUGUUCGACAGUACCAAGCUACCAUCAUUUUCUUCUUCGUCUGUAUAGCGUGUGAAUAUUUUCCUGUGGGCGUCUCUGUACAGCAAAAAAAUGUUUUUCUAUGAAAAAAGUACUUUGUUCAUUAAAGGGAGUAAUAUAUUACA